GAUGAAACAAAGAAUGCAAGUACUCGUUAAGGAUGUAAAGAUUUUGCUAAAGGAUGCAAAGGGUUCAAUGAGAGAGGAGAUGCAACUCAUUGAUGCACUCCAACGCCUUGGUGUGGCUUAUCACUUUGAACAAGAGAUCAGUGAAGCGUUAUGGUUCGUUAAUACUUCUAGUUCUUCUGGUCACCAUUCAUACAGUGACGACGAUCUUCAUUUUGUUGCUCUUCGGUUUAGAUUACUAAGAGAACGUCACUAUUAUGUUCCACCAUAUGUCUUUAACCAGUUUAUGGAUGGCAAAGGAAAGUUCAAAGAAGAAGUGAGUAAUGAUUUGAAUGGUUUGUUAAGCUUGUAUGAAGCAGCUUACCUUGGAAUCCCUGGAGAGGAUUUGUUGGAUGAAGCCCUUGAUUUCACAAGAAGCCAUUUGCAGUCUCUUGUGAAGCAUAUAGGACCAAGCCUAGCACGAAAAGUUAAGCAUGCAUUGGAAGCACCUUUGAGAAAGAGAAUGACCAAAUUGAAUGCCAGAUUAUAUAUACCCAUUUAUGAAGAAGACACUGAAGCAAAGAACGAUGUUGUGCUUGAGCUUGCAAAGCUUGAUUUUCACAUAUUGCAAUUACUUCAUAGAGAGGAGGUCAAAAAGAUCAGCAUGUGGUGGAAAGAUGUAGGUGUGCCAACAAAGCUGACGUUUGCUAGAGACAGGAUAGUAGAACUCUACUUCUGGAUAUUAGGCGUAUAUUUUGAGCCCCAGUAUUCAAGGGCCAGGAUGAUGAUGGUAAAGGUGAUAUCUAUGGUUUCCCUUAUGGAUGAUGUUUAUGAUUCCUAUGGUACAAUGGUUGAGCUGCAACAUUUUACUGGUGCAAUUCAAAGGUGGGACUUCAAGGCUGCUGAUGAGAUGGAGGAAUGUCUACGAGUUGCUUUCCUUGCCAUAUAUCAGACAAUGGGAGAACUUGAAGAUGAAGUGCUCAAGGAUGGCAAGCUUUACCGCAUUGAUUACCUCAGAAGAGAAUUUUCGCAGUUUGAAAAGUUGGCUAUUGUAUACCUAGAAGAAGCCAAAUGGAGAGAUGAAUGUUAUGUACCAUCACUGGCCGAACACCUGGAGCUGUCAAUCAAGACCUCUACUUUGAAUGUUGUUGCUUGUGCCUCAUUCAUUGGUAUGGGAGAAAUAGCAGGGAAGCACUCAUUUGACUGGGUUACAAGUUUUCCUCAAAUUAUCAAAGAUGUAAGCAAGCUUUCUAGGCUCAUGGAUGAUGUUGGGGGUUUUGAGGUUGAUGCAAAGAUGGGAAGAAAACAUGUUGUUUCAACAAUUCAUUGCUGCAUGAAUGAGUUUGGAGACUCACUAGAAGAGGCAAAAGCAAGAUUAUUACAUUUGGUAGAGGAUGCAUGGAAGAACAUCAAUAAAGAGUGUUUACAUCUAACUAUACCAUCUGCUCUACUUGCCAGAGUAGUUAAUUCUGCUUGUACAAUGGAAACCAUCUAUAGAAAGAUAGAUGGAUAUACUGAGCCAAGUUUAUUAAAAAAUUCCAUCUCAUUAUUGUUUGUUCAACCAAUUUAAUGUUGAAGCGGAAAUAUGUUUUAAAACAACAUCCCUACCUUAGUCUAGUAUUGUACAACUUGUUGAAGUUGAUUUGAAGCAGCACGGGUCUCACCUAAUAUGGAGUGCAAGUAUGCAUAGAAGAUUUUAGUAUCUUUAUAUGUAUUAGGGGUCAAAUGAUAGUUGCUUUAUUAUUUACGUGUUUGGUUGGUUAUUUAUGAGCUUGUCAUCAUGGUGUAAUGUCCAUGCUUAAUUAUAGUUCUAUGCAGUAUUUUAUUGGUUGAACGAUCAUGAAGAAAGUUUGUUCAUUUAAAGGAGUCUCAUA